GAAAUGACGUCAGUGUGUUUAUAUAAUACAAUCGCAGAUUCCCAUCGCAGUGUUGUUUAGAAAAUUCAGACCAGCGUCGACGUUUCUAUACACCAACAAAGACCAUGAUUUGGAAAACAUUAUUGAUCGUUGCGGUUUUCGCCGUAGCCACUGAUGUUGCCGUGAUGGCGUUGAAGAUGGUGGGGGGCUAUUCCGAUGCGACGGUUACAGAUACAGGGGUUCAAGACGCCCUGCGGUACGCUGUGGUGCGGCACAACGCGGGGACCAACGACAUGUACCUCCGCCAAGUCGGCCGAGUGAUCUCGGUCCAGAAACAGGUGGUGAGUGGCGUGAACUACAAGUUUGUCGUGGAAAUGGGCCAGACUGCUUGCAGAAAGACCGGUGUUGAAUCAAACUGCCCGGUUCGCGGGGACGAAGCGGCUGCUAAGCCAUACCAGUGCACAUUUGUGGUGUACAAACAUUGGAGCGGCACCGUCAGUCUGACCUCCCAAACCUGCCCCACCGUCUAAUGGCCCUCACGGACCUUCUUGGUUUUGCUUGCAGUAUAUGUUCACAAUUUGCGUGGUGUUCACAAGGGCAACUGACAAUUAUUUGCAAUAAUAGGCUUCCAUGAUAUCCUCUUUGUCUAAAUGGUUCUUAAACUCUAUUGAAUUGUUAACCUCUCAAUUAUGCAAUACAAUUUGAUUGUAAUCUUAUGCCCCGUACACAAUAAAAUGAUUUUAGCAGAUCUUUGCAUACUUUUCUUUUGUAUAGAUAUUUUUCUGUGUCAUUCAAAAUAUUUCAAUAUAAUUGGGGUAAGUAGCUGCAGGGUGCAGGGUGGAUUCUUUUUGGCCAACCCAACAAUGCGACUUCCAAGACUCAGUCAUCUCUGUCCUCAAAAUGACAACAAUUCAUAAAAUAAACAAAAACUGCACUUAUGAAAACUUAAAAGUGCCUACACCAGGUUCUUACUUAAAAUAAAGUGCAGUUCUAUGUGAUUUUUUGUUUUAUGUUCUGUUCUGAACAUAGUAAGGCAGCUAACAUAUUUUGACAUGUUGCAGGAAUGUCAAAGACUGUAUUUCUCUUUGCUAUGGUGCUUAAAACUCUAAUAAAGAUAUUGUGGAAAAAAUAAAUAAAAUAAAGUGCAUAUAUAACCUG